AUGGCGGCGCUGGCGCGGCGCGCGGCGGCCGGGCGGGGCCGCUGUGCCAGGAUGGCCCCGGCCGGCGAACGCCUGCACUUCCGCUUCCCCAGCUACGGGGACGGGGUGCUGCGGCGCAUGGACCAGCUGCGGGCGCAGCGGCGGUUCUGCGACGUGACGGUGCAGGUGAACGAGCUGCGGGUGCCGGGGCACCGCGUGGUCUUCGCCGCCUGCUCGCCCUUCCUGCGGGACCAGUUCCUGCUCAGCGACUCGCCCGAGGUGUCCGUCUCGCUCCUGCAGAGCCCCGAGAUCGGCCGCCAGCUGCUGCUCUCCUGCUACACCGGCAGCCUCGAGGUGCCGCUGCCCGAGCUGGUCAACUACCUGACGGCCGCCUCCUUCCUGCAGAUGGGCCACGUGGUGGAGCGCUGCACCCAGGCCGUCUCCCGCUACCUGGUGCCCAAGGCCGAGGCGGCGCCAGGCGUGAGGGAGGGGGCGGAGGAGGAGGAGGGGGCCUCCCCCAGCCCCCUGCCCGCGCGGCAGCAGGACGGGGCGGAGGGGGCCGGGGAUUUCCUGGCGUGCCGCUCCCGCAGCAGCCCCUCGUCCCCGGAGAUCUCCCUGCCCCUCCUCAACUCGGCCGUGGAGAUCACCCGCCGCUACCUGCAGGGCUGCUACGAGGACGAGGCGGCGCCGGGGGGCCCCUUCCCCUGCCCCCCACCCCCCGUCCAGCCGGGGGGGCCGUGGCGGGGCUGCCCCCUGCGCCGGCGCCACCUGGAGCCGGCCCGGAAGGACAGGCCGGCGGGGCUGGGGGCGGGCAGGAAGGCGCCGGAGCUGGAGCGGCCCUACCGGUGCCCACGUUGCGACGGGCUGUUCCCGCAGCUGGGCGGCUUCGUGAGCCACGUGCGAGAGCACAAGCUGUUCCUGUGCCUGCGCUGCGCCAAGGUCUUCUCCCAGAAGAGCAACCUGACCCGGCACCUGCGCGUGCACACCGGCUUCAAGCCCUUCCAGUGCCCCGUGUGCCGCAAGUGCUUCACGCAGAACGCCACGCUGCAGGACCACCUCAACCUGCACAGCGGCCGCAAACCCCACCGCUGCAACUACUGCGCCGUGCACUUCACCCACAAGCCGGGCCUGCGGCGCCACCUCAAGGAGCUGCACGGCAAGAGCACCUUGCAAAACAGCCACGAGGAGAGCGAGGAGAUCGCCGGGGCCUGCGACUGA